AUGAUCCGUCUGACGGCGAACAGUCUCCUGGUCCGACGAGAUUUUUACGCUCCCUACCCAAAUCACCUUUUUGGACGAUCGUCAAAGCAUUCGUUCAGAAACUCAACAGGAGGGGGCCGGGAUCGAAAAUUCGCCCGCAAUGUCAAACAAGCGAAAACUCAACUCAGUGCGAUAUGCUGUGCCCAGUGCGAUGCCAGCCAUAGCCAUGUUUUCUCAUUUAACACACAAAACUGUUUCAGAACGCUUAGCCAUUUCAUUGAAGGCCAGUUCCUAUUCUGGAACUUUUCUGGGUGCUCUAUUAUGUCAAGGAAACAGGUCGUGGACCCCGAAUCUAAGAACACUCUUAUACAAUCCGCUGCCUCCAACUCUCGUGAGACAGUUCUGCAACCCGCUUUGGAUCUUUAUGGCCCCGUUCUAGUCAUCAAAGACAACGGUGUAUUGUCGACAGCGAAAGUUAAAGACAUGCUUGACGACACGGUUCGUCAAGCCCUGCCGCCGAUCACCUGGCCUCCGCAGUUGUCGAACAAAUCCAAGCGAAAGAAGACGUCGGGUAUUACAAUCAUCAAAACCCGCAUGGCAACUGCGGAUGAUGAAGGCGAGACAGAAGCCUUGAAAGCGAAAAUUCUAGAUGCCAACAAACUACGAAUACUGGCACUAUGUGUGGGAGUACGGUCACACCUUUGCUGGGCUUAUAGUGCUACCGCUCACAGACCCUUGGGCCAGGAAGUUGUUGGCCCACUGGAAGAUGGUCCCAAGUUAAAAUACUUCUUAUUUCUAUGUCAAGCCCUGAAUGCCAAGACUGAAGCUUUGAACGAUAGGAUUGAUGUCCUGGGUGCCAAGAUUGAUGUCCUCUAG